UUCAGAGAGAAAUAAUAGAAAAUGAUACUAAGUUAAUAUAAAAAAUGUAAAAUCUGCUGCUGGAAUGGGAAGCAAAAUAUGAAGAUGCUAAAUCAGUUAUCAUUAAAUGGGCACAAGAUGUGGGACACAAUAUUCAAAUGGAGGAAUGGGAUAAACUAUGGUAGAAUGAGGUAAAAUUUGAGUGGACAGGGGGAGUCCCCCCAAACCCCGGUGACCCUCGAGCAGAAUAAUGACUCAAGACAACGUGCUAUGGGAUUAAAAUUGGCCACAACUUUAUUAAGUUUCAGAUGUAGGGAGACCUUGGCUCAGGUAUUGGCCGUUUAUCCUUCCCAGUCCCCAGCCAAGCUAAAACAAGGCCAGACAUUGAGGUGGAAAAUGAGCAUUUGGCCCAGCGUAUUGAAGACAUUCGCUUCAAUUUAUUUGGGUCUGAAUAAAGACAAUGGUUUGCAGAUGUAAAUUCACUCAGCACUACCAAGCCUAUCAUUGCUAUCCUAAAGGGUUAUCCUGCCUUCAUUGUAGCUCAAAUGUAAACAGCCCCUAUCUGCGGUUCUGGCAUUUCAUUUCCCUCUGACCCACUGCAUCCAACUCCCCUUCCUUUGCCCUCCCCACGCCCCUGUAAUUGAGAAUCACACCACUUAUGUGAUGAAAUAGACUAAAGUUCAGCUCUUCUUGUGCCGGAAUAACAAAUAUUUGGUCCUUCAAGGUGCCUCAGGACUCUCUUGGUUUUUUUGUUCUUGUUUCUCCUCUGAGUAACUGAUUCAGCAAAGCCAAUAUUAGCUCCUGAUAAAGGCUGCAAUACUAAACCCAAUUAAGUAACUUGGUGGGUGGGGAUGGCUACAUGCUAUUUAAGCCAAUGCAGCUGUUUUCUGAGCAGCCAUAGGACUGCAGAUCACAACAUUGUCAACUUGGGAAGUGUGCCUCAUACGAUUACAGCUGCUACCUGGGAGCAAGGCACAUAAAGUUUCAGUGAAUUCUGAAUAAAAGUACCACAAGCAGAGUGCUCUUUCUUCCAACAACAACUUGCUCAUCAGAGGAAGACUGUGAGGUCUCUGACAGACGCAGUAAAGAACCAUGAAUGCGACAGAAGAAGCUGAAGCUCUGAAAAUGUUAUUUCUGUAUCAACAUGCAUAUCUAAUUCCAAAGAUUAUGUUCACUGCCUCUGAUCUUGGUGUAUUUGAUCUGCUGAUGGAAUCCAAGGAACCAUUGACUUCAAUGUCUAUUGCCGAACGUCUGGGUACCAGUCCCUUUGGGAUGGAGAGACUGCUGGAUGCCUGUGUUGGCUUAAAGUUCCUGCAAGUGGAGAGGAAGGACAACCAAACGCUUUAUGGAAAUACCAACCUUGUCAAUCUCUACCUUGGCAAAAGAAGCCCAAAGACUCAGUAUUAUUCCUUGAAGAACCAUGCUGAAUUUAACUAUACGAGAGCACAACACCUGACUGAUGCUGUGAGGGAAGGAGAGGGUCGGACGUAUAGAUUAAGUGACAGUUCUACAAAAAUUUUCUUUGAGGCUUUUUACAGGUACAGAAAAAUUGUAUUGUUCUAGAUAUUGUUUCUUUUUAAAGAAUGGGCAAAGCUUUCCCUUUGCAAUCUGUGUGAAACCUAUUGCUAACUUUUCUACCCAGUGUUGCUUUCUCCCCUCUCUGAUAGUUAUCUUUAAUGAUAUUGGGCGCUCACUUACUGCAUGCCAGACUUGGAAUCCUGGUUCCCCCCCCCCCAAUUUAAGCAUGAUGUCUAAAAUUAGAUUCCUUGCUAUGAGGUCUUGCAUUACACAAAGUACAUAGGAGGCAACUCCUGGGGGCUGUGGGAGCUUCAGCCCCCACAAUAAAAUACUUGAGGGGGCAGGCCCCCCCCAAAGUUGAUGUUUUUGAAGUCCCAUUCAAAUGAUGUGUAUGAACAGCAUCGUGUGAUUAGUUAUCAUGCGAUCGCACUAUAUUUUAAUCAAGUUGGCACCCUAACAGACUCGUGAAGACGCUGCCUUGUUUGCCUCCAGUAUUUUCCGAUGUUGAAGCAGAACUGCUUCCAGUCAUAGCAAAUAGCCAUUUCUGAGUCUUUUCACUGCUUCAGUGCAGUGCAGUUUCCCACAAUCCAGAGGCCAAUGUGUGCUCAGACAUGUCAACAGACAUCACCACUUGCUCACUAUGGGGGAAUCCUGUACAGGCAUUAGAGGCCCUGCCCUUUUUAACAGUUCCUGGAGUUGGAAUAUUGUGAUAUAGUUGAGAAAGAAGGUUUGAAACAUGUGGACAGGGGCUACUGGUGAAAUUCAGCUGCCAAUAGGCAGCUUUUGCCAUGGCCAAAUUUAUCCUUGGGCAAAAACCGGUCACUAAAAAAAAUGGAGUUGAGGACA